UCACCAUUAAUCUAACACUAUUUUCUAAAUAUAUCAGCUUAUCAGCUUGAAACACCCUAUCACAUCUUAAUGCAUACAUCAUUCUCAAGUUUGCCUUCUGAAUUUUAGUUUAUACUGCUUUCUAUAAUGCUGUGACAGUUCCAAAAUUAGUGUCUAUUUAUUGAAGUAAUAUGGGGUAUUAUUAUGCUAUAGAAAUACCUUACUAUGUAACUCCAUUUCUGUUUCAGGUAAACUUUGGAAUCCAGGCAGUUAAAAAAGCUGAAGAAUUCAUUGUAUACUUCUGAUACGUUCUUGUGCAUCUUAUGCUUCCAUUUACACUGUAUAAAAAUAACUUGGGCAUGUUGUUUAGGAUCUCAUUAUUCCAUUGUUUAAAAUGUAAGGCUCGGACCCAGUCACUGAGCCACCGAUGAGGACUCAGCUGCCUCCUCCUCCAGCCCCCUCGUUCCUAAUGCUCCAUACACACCCUGACCCCUGCCUUCUCCCGCAUGCGGCCGUCUCCUAUGUCUGCUAUCCAGAACCUUCACUCUUUCGACCCCUUUGCUGAUGCAAGUAAGGGUGAUGACCGGCUUCCUGCUGGCACCGAGAAUUAUAUCCGUAUAAGAAUUCAACAGAGAAACAGCAGGAAGACCCUUACAACUGUCCAAGGGAUCACUGAUGAUUACGAUAAAAAGAAACUAGUGAAAGCGUUUAAGAAGAAAUUUGCCUGCAAUGGUGCUGUAAUUGACCCUCCAGACUAUAUUCAGCUACAGGGUGCUCAGCGCAAGAACGUGUGUCAGCUCCUGAUAGAGACUGGACUGGCUAAGGACGGUCAGCUGAAGGUUCAUGGGUUUUAAGUCCUUGUGGCUCUCUGAAGCUUAAGUGAGGAUUUCCUUGCAAUGAGGAGAAUUUCCCUUCUGUCCCUUGUCACAAGUUUAAAAACCUCACAGCUUGUAUAAUGUAAUCAUCUGGGGGGCCACUUUCAACUUGGAUUAUGCAAUAAAUGGAGAAGA